AGUGUAGAAACUUGCACCGGUUGGGUGGAAAAACUGGAAUAGUAAAGGUACCUAUAUAUGAGAAUGCAAAGACUUAAACAAUUCCACGUAACUAGACCAUGGGAAACCAGAAGCGCUUCCUCUGGUUCAUCUUCAUUGUUUUGUUCAGCCCUGGGAUCGAGCCUUCAACGACGAAAGAAGUGAUACGAGUACCAGUAGGAGUUGUUCUUAACUUAAAUUCCUCAGUGGGAGCUAUGGCAGAGAAGUGCAUGACCAUGGCACUUCAUGAUUUUUAUGCUAAGCAUGCUCAUUAUCAAACAAGGCUUUCCCUUCUCACCAGGGAUUCAAAGAAUGAUGUUGUUUCGGCAGCAUUUGAAGCGAUGCACUUGAUAAACAUUGAAAAUGUGAGUGCCAUUAUCGGACCUCAAAGUUCAGCAGAAGCGAAGUUUGUGAUAGAGCUGGGAAGAAGGAAUCAUGUUCCGAUUAUUUCGUUUUCUGCCACUAGUCCAUCUCUUUCUCCAUCCCAUAGCUCAUUUUUCAUUCGGACGGGUUUUAGUGACUCUGCUCAAGUAGAAGCCAUAGCUGCAAUCGUCGGAGCUUAUAGUAAGUGGUUGGAAGUUGUUCUCAUCUAUGAAGACACGGAGUAUGGAAAUAGCUUAAUUCCAUAUUUGGUAGACGCUUUCCAGAAAGUUGGAGCUCGAGUACCUCAUAGAAGUGUCAUUCCUCCUCAUUAUAAUGACACAGAAAUUUUAAAGGAGCUUAACCGCUUGAAUUCAACUCGAGGAAGAAUAUUUUUGGUCCAUAUGACUGCUUCCCUCGGGUCCAAAUUGUUUUUAUCAGCAAGUAAGGCAGGGAUGAUGACCGAAGGGUAUGGAUGGAUUGUUACGGAAGGGUUAUCGACUUUAUUAGAUCCUGUGGGUUCAAGAACCAUGGACUCAAUGCAAGGUGUAGUGGGAGUAAGGCCAUAUAUACCAAUGUCAAAAGAACUUGAAGACUUCGUGUUGCGAAUGAAAAGAUUCAGGUUCAGAAAAUCAAGCAAGAUUACUGGUGUAAACCUCUUUGGGUUGUGGGCAUAUGAUACAGUUUGGGCAUUAGCAAUGGCAGUGGAGAAGGUUGGAACAGCAAGCAGAGUUGAUCUUGCAAGUUUGGGAACUGGUGACAGGGGUCAAAACCUUCUUGACGCUAUCCUAGAUUCAGAAUUUGAAGGCCUCAGUGGGAAUUUCCGGUUGGUUAAGGGACAGUUGGAAGCUUCAACCUUUGAGGUAUUUAAUGUGAUUGGCGGAAAAGAAAGAAUAAUUGGAUAUUGGAACCAGAAGAAAGGACUUUCCCGAAAGCUGAAUGGAGCAGCAGAGUUGGAUAAAAGGAAGACACUCGAGAAACCAAUCUGGCCAGGGUACACUACAGACAUCCCUCCAACAAAGAAAUUGAGGAUUGGAGUUCCCUUGAAAAAGGGUUUUUAUGAAUUCCUAAAAUUCGAAAACAACAAUAUAUCAGGAUUCUCUGCUGAGAUAUUCUUUGCUGCAGAAAAGAAACUGCCAUUUUCCCUUUCAUAUGAGUUUUCUGCCUUCGCGGGGACUUAUGAUGAUCUUCUUUAUCAAAUUCAUCUUCAGAAAUACGACGCUGUGGUGGGAGACACAACAAUUAUAGCUAAUCGCUCAUUAUAUGUAGAUUUUACGUUGCCUUAUUCUGAAUCAGGAGUUUCCAUGAUAGUUUUGACAGAAGAUAGUGAGAGGAAUAGUGUUUGGAUUUUCUUGAAGCCACUAAGCUUGGGUCUUUGGUUGACAACCGGCGUAGCCUUCAUAUUUACAGGUUUUGUAAUAUGGCUUCUUGAGCACCGGGAAAACACCGAGUUCAGAGGUCCUCCACAGCAACAACUUGGCAUGAUAUUCUGGUUCUCCUUUUCAACCCUCGUCUUUGCACACAGAGAGAAAGUGGUGAACAAUUGGUCAAGGUUUGUGCUGAUUAUAUGGGUUUUUGUGGUACUGAUCCUAACACAGAGUUACACUGCAAGCUUAGCCUCAAUGUUAACAGUACAGAAGUUGCAGCCCGCAUUCACUGAUAUAAAAGAGAUACAAAGAAAUGGUUACAAAGUAGGAUAUCAAAAUAGUUCCUUUAUUAAAGGGUUUCUCAUGGAACAUUUAAAUUUUGAUGAGACCCAGUUGGUGCCAUUGGUAACCAUUCAGGAUUAUCAUAACGCACUCUCUAGAGGAAAUAAGAAUAGAGUUGCUGCCAUUUUAGAUGAAGUCCCUUACCUCAAGUUGAUCCUUAAAAAGAAGUGUUCCAAGUACACCAUGGUUGGACCAACCUACAAAACUGAUGGAUUUGGCUUUGCUUUCCAAUCAGGGUCCUCGCUGGUAUCCUACUUGUCAAGCGCAAUCUUGAACGUGACUCAAGAUAAAAAUCAGAUGGAUAAACUUCAGUCGACUUACUUUGAUUACUUUGAUAACCAACCUGCCUGUGAGGAUCAAAGUGCCAAAAUUUCUUCAGAGGGUCCAAGUCUUGGUGUCUACAGCUUCGGAGGCCUCUUCAUCAUCGCAGGUGUGGUCUCCAUGGUUGCUCUUUCGAUGUACAUGUAUCACUUCCUUUGCUCUCAUUGGCCAGCUUUGCGAACAAUUAGUUCUUCUGAGAGCAGAUUUUGGGAGAAAUUGGUUGAAGUGGCAAAGCAUUUUGACAAGAAAGAUCUCACUUCACAUCAGUUUAAGCGAAGAGAAUCAAGAGUACAUGCUUUAGACACUCCUGAUGAAGGUCUAGCAGCUGCACCGGGUGCUAAUGAUAUGCAAAACAACUCAGCAGGAACUCACAUAAUAGUGGAGAACAAUCUUGGACAUGAAUGAAAAUGAAAAUCUUUCAUAAGGGCAUAGGGAUUCAUCUAUGCCUGUACUUGACUCAUCAUAAGCUAUCAUUCAUUUCUGUUGUAAAUUUAAUGGAAUUUUCUCAAAUUCCUCUACUAAUGAUUCUGCCCAAGUGUUUUGAACCAUUGGCCAUUUUACUCAGAAUUUAGUUUCUAUUUGUUGGACUA